AUGCGCGAACUCUAUAUGAAAUCCGGGCAAGGCUUUCUCCUCGUCUUCAGUAUAACUUCGCUCUCCUCCUUGACUGAGCUCCAAGAGCUCCGCGACCAGAUCGUGCGCAUAAAGGACGACCCUCUCAUUCCCCUCGUGAUCGUCGGCAACAAAUGCGACCUCGAAGAAGACCGCGCCGUCAGUCGAGCCCGCGCUUUCUCCGUCUCUUCGAGUUGGAACAAUGCUCCAUACUAUGAGACAAGUGCUAGAGCCCGAAGGAAUGUUGACGAGGCUUUUGUGGAUCUAUGCAGGCAGAUUAUCAGGAAGGACACAAUCAACGCAAAGGAUGCAGCCGCUCUCGACAAAGACCUCAUGAGCGUAGGCGCCUUCUCCAUAGACCAAUUGAUGGAGUUGGCUGGUCUCUCAGUAUCACAAGCUCUCUACAAAGUCCACCCCCUCUCGUCAGGCAAGAAUAUCCUCGUCGCCUGCGGGCCUGGCAAUAACGGGGGCGACGGCCUAGUAGCAGCCCGCCACCUCUUCCACUACGGCUACACACCCACGAUCUUCUACCCCAAGCCGACCAAAAGCGAGAUUUACGAGCGUCUUGCCACGCAACUGAGAAAUCUGGGGGUUCCGUUCACGGAAGAUUUCGAGGGCUCGCUGCAGGAGUCUCAUCAUGUAAUCGACGCUAUCUUCGGCUUCAGCUUCAGCGGCCAAGUCCGCGACCCCUUCCGCAGCGUCAUCUCCGCUCUCGAAAGCACGAAAGUACCGGUCCUAGCUGUCGACGCGCCGAGCUCGUGGAGUAUUGAGGAUGGCCCGCCGAAGGAGGGGCCGGGGGCGAAGUUCAUGCCACAGACGCUGGUCAGUUUGACGGCGCCGAAGCCGCUUGUGAGGAGGUUUGGAGGGAGGCAUUUCAUGGGUGGGAGGUUCUUGCCGCCUUCUGUGGCGGAGAAGUAUGGGCUGGAUUACCCGACGUAUCCGGGCGUGGACCAGAUUGUGGAGGAGGAAAGUGAAAUAGGAGAAAAGAAGGGGCAAAGUGAGAAGCUGGCUGAGAGGCACUUGUAG